AUGACGAUCCAGACCUCUCACUUUCACAAGAUUAUUCGCUAUGUGAUUUCGAACAACCUGUUACCAAUUUCUUUCUCAGAUCAUUAUGGAAAGUCACAACGGACUCUUGACUUUUAUUCCUAUGGCGUAAUGAAAGAGAAACUUUCUCACAAAAUAGUUCAAUCUUUUUCUGUGUGUGAUCCAUGUUUCUUCACGUCGUUCCGUGAUGCCUGUCUAUCCAAACGAGAUUCGAUUUUUGACGACUUACUCUCAGACUAUAUAAAGCCUCUCUGUGAAAAGGGAAAGUACAUCUCAAUGAUCAUUGCCGAGUGUUCUGUGGAGUUGCGCAACACAAACAUCAACGGAGAGGACAAGGCAAUCAUCAAAACGAUACAACAGUUUUUAGUCAACUGUCUCUUUGUGGCCGGUUGUAACACUUUCUUCCACUAUGGAUUUACUCUUUCGUCCCCCGAUCGGUACCACUAUAGGAUGACUGGUGUAUAUGAUAACAACAACGUCAACCUUCAACAUAUCUUUGCUUAA